AUGCACAAGUACCUUAAGGCAAGGAGCCAGUGGACACCAGACUGGGAACCCCUAGAAUCCUUGGAGAUCAAGGAUUAUAUGGAACAAAAAGAAAGUUACCCCCCUGUUUCUGAAGGUGUAUUCUACAAGUUCCUGAAAAUAUCCAAAUCAUUUGAAGAGUCUCGACAAUAUUGUACCAGAGCGUUUGAUGGACUUGCUGAAGUCCACAAUUCACAGGAGCAAAGGGCUUUAUCACUAGUAGUCGAAGACACUGCUUGGAUCGGAGUGCUGAAGUGUGGUGGAGACUGGUGCUAUCCUAGCUCACUUAGUAGGGUCACCUACACCAACUGGGCAGAUGGAGAGCCAAACAACUACAAAGUCCUCUUCUUUGGCGGAGAAGAGAAUUGUGUCGAGAUGCUCGGUAGCCAUGAGUGGAAUGAUGAAAAUUGUGAUGACAAAAACUAUUUUGUAUGCCAGAAAUUUCAUUGCCAAGAAACGACUUGUAACAGAAGAGGCACGUGUUCUGAAUUGAUUGAUGGUUUUAAGUGCAGCUGUAACCAAGGUUACUAUGGCGACACGUGUGAAAAUGGGGAAUGCAAAUCAACAACGUGCAAUGGAAGAGGCACAUGUUCUGAACUGCCUUCUGGGCUCAGGUGCAAAUGUGAACAAGGUUUCUAUGGAAACAAUUGUGAAAACGGGGAAUGCAAAUCAACAACCUGCAAUGGAAGAGGCACAUGUUCUGAACUGCCUUCUGGGCUCAGGUGCACAUGUGAACAAGGUUUCUAUGGAAACAAUUGUGAAAACGCAUUCUUCAUCAACGACUGGGCUGAGUUAUUGGGAGAUGGUGUGCGGUCUCUCAGCUGA